UCCUUCAUUGUGUGUAUUCUUGUUGCAUUGCAUCCGGUAUUUAAAGCAUGGCGAAAAGAAAGUUAAUUGCUGAUGCAGUAAAUGGCCCUAAAGGAAAAAAAGUCAAAAAGGAUAUUAUAUUGCAACCAGUUGUUUCGUCAGAUGAUCCUAUCCCACGACAGGUAUCUAAAAUUAUUGCACAAUUGAACUAGUUAGUUAAUUAAUAAGCAAUAACAGCAUACUUGGCUGCGGCUAUUUGGACGGAGACGACGGAGUUAUUUUAAAAGUUACUUGGAUACAAAAUUUAAAAAAAUUCAAAUAAUUUUUUUAAUAGCACAGUUAGUUAGAGCUAAUUUCAAAUAAGAAAAUGAAACCAGAAUCAACUUUUUAGCUUAAGUACUUUUUGAGCUAUGAAUUUUUAAAGUGUGAGUUCGUUUGGUAUUUUUUACUAUGGACGAAACCUCCACAUCUUGUGACCUCAUUCCGCUGAUCGCGUCAUGCGCAAUGACUAUAUACUUUAUAUAAGGCAACGCAUCGCCUUAUCACUAAAAUACUGUUUAGGGUCGACUUAGUUUAAACUUUCAACUUUGGCACAUGAAUAAUUAAUUAAAGCUUUCCCUGACCAAUGGUUUAGUAGUUUUUGCACACGGCAAACUCUUAUGAAUGAAACUCUGAGGUAGUACUACGAUACAGUUAUGCAAGUGGCUGUGAAUGGUUGCCAAUGACAACGUGUUGCACACGGUAAAUUCUGAUCAUUUAUAAUAUGGAUUCUACCGGGUUGUUAAAGCUCAAAUUAAAACAUUCCAGUUUAAAUGUCUUUAAAUGCAUUCUGAAACACAAGUUAUCAAAUAUUUUGAUGUAGAUAGUGGUAAUAAAUUAAUAUUUCCUAAGUAUCGGCAACUUCCGCCAUUACAAAGGGGGCGUGGCCCACCCCAUGACGAAAUUAGGUUGAGCGAGCUGCAUGACCUGCUGCGAACGCGCAGAAACAUAGCGUCUCUCGUAAGACACUUAUCGCUGUGAAAAUUGGCAUACAUGUAGAUCAAUAGAUUCCCCAGAUGCAAAAAAAAUUUGGUAGUGACAAAUUUUUUCCUUCGACUUAAUUUUAAUGAUGAAAGUUGCCUUAUAUUUACCAAGGAUUUUCUCAAAGCUGACUGAUUGUAAAUGAAAAAGAAAUUGAUUAAAAUGUAGGCCAAGAUGUCUACCUAAUUAUAAGGCCGAAAACGGAACUCAAAUACAUAUCGAAAGUACUAAUUUAAUAAUAAAUAGACACACACAUCGGAAAAUUAAAAACUCGGAUUUUUUGGCGCCGAUUGCGAAAUCCCAUACACAAAAAGUAGUAGUCUCCCUUGACUUACCGAAGUACCUAUUAAAAGUUAUUAAAAUUUAAAAACUAUUAUAUGUAUUUAUAUUAUAUGCUGAAAAUGAAUUAGAACUAAUUGUAGAUUGUAAUAAAAAAAGCAUGCCCAUAAAUAUGGGCCAUAUUUUUAGAUCAAUAAAAGAAUCUUAUCUUAUUUCUUAUCAGUCUCCCAAACUCAAUCAUAAAUCUUCAUUAACUUCGUAAUCAUACCUAGAGUCUAGAGCCUAGAUUGGUAAAUUCAGAGAGAGCUUCCCGCGUCUAUUUCCAUGGCCACCAUCUUGGUUGCCUCGAUCCGCGCACUUUCACGGGUCGAGGCAACCAAGAUGGCGGCCAUGAAAAAAUAAAAUAAAUCACGUUUUCUAAAAUUAGGAAGAAAACGUUAAAAAUGGAUGAAAAAAAUGUCUUAAAUCGAUCACUAUGCCUAACCCAAAUCCUAAAUCUAAGCCUAACCCGAACCCUAAAUUUAUCCCUAUGCCUAACUCGAACCCUAAAUCUAUCCCUAUGCCUAACCCGAACCCUAAAUCGAUCCCUAUGAGUAUGAGUAUGCCUAACCCGAACCCUUAAUCAAUCCCUAAAUGUAACCUGAACCCUAAAACUACACCUACAGCCACAAGUAAAAGUAUGUGGGGUAAAUUUACGAACUGUGGCAAGAAAAUGAUUUUAAAAAAUUUAAAAUGUAAAAAAAACUCCCAAAAUAAUUAUAACAUAAAGAAACAAUGAAAAUCCAACUUACAGUUUCGUGAAACACACUUUUGCACACUUUAUUUCAGGUUCCAACGAAAAUAUAGCCACAAAAUGAAUAAAUCUCCACACCCCAAAGAUAUAAAAUAUGGCGGAACAAAAGAAAUAUGAUAAUGAGCCAACCAAUAAAAAAUUUAUAAUUAUAAUUAGUCAACCAAUAAAAUUUUAAUUCCAAAAAUGUAACUCUUUUAACAAAAAAAAUAAGGGCUGUGAAUCCAAAACAAAGUCGCAGCUAAAUUUGAAACAGCCCCUAGAAUCUAUCACUAACCUAAACCCUGGAACCAUUUGGUAAUCUUGCAGUUCAGUUGCGUAUAUUAUUUCUGGUCGAAUUUCAUAUUAUGGCAUGUAAACUUACGUAUAUUCUUCAUUAAAUUAAAUCCAGGCAGUGAUAGUUAACUAAUUAUGAAUUAUACAGCGCUUAUUUUCGUUUUAUUCUAUUUCCAAUAAGCGUCUUUGAACAUCCCCAACCCUCCAUAGCUCCAUUUGUUUUGUAUUUUAUUUUCACCCCGUUGCCAGAUUUUGAUCACCUCUACUAUAAAUAAGUUGGUACCUGUAUGCUAAACAACAUUUUUCAACUGUAGGCAUGUACAAAAAGAAUGAAAGGGGGGGUGCUUUGAACUUAAUUAGAUGUUCCAUUAUUUUAUAGGGGCCCAAACUUCUUUUUUUUUCUUAUAUUUAUAUGGGGUGUUUAAUAUAAUUCCAAACAAAGGCUCCCCCAUGGGCAUGGUUGAAUGGAACUAGAUCAAACUUAGUACACAUACUCAUACACUUGAUUGAUUAUCCAUAUUCAAAAACGGGUACUGAAGGGAAUGAACUCAUAAUUUUAAUUUUUCCUAAAACUAGCCGCCAAUAUACCCGCCAAUUUUAUGUAAAUUUAUUUUGUGAACAAGCUUUUAGUUUGAAAAGUUAAGAAUCAACAAUAAAAUAAUUUUGGUAUAAUUUAUUAUAAAUCUUAUUUCUUGUGACGUUUUUUGUGAAUUUGCUUUCAAUUAAAAAAUUGCAAUCUGGCAUGUAGGCGGGUGAAUUUUAAAAAAAUAAGAAAAAAAUGGGAAGGAUCGUUCACACUACCGGCUAUGUACCAUUGGGGGCUUUAAAAAUCAAUAAAAAGAAAAGUUAUUGCUGUACAAUUUGGUGUUAGUUUUAACAAAUACUAUCAGGAUUAAAUUUUAUUAGGAAUACACAUAAUUUUAUGCACGAUAAUAUGAAAUUCGAUCAGAAAUAGUGUACCUUAAAUUUGUUAUUCUUAAUAUUUUCUAUGUUUUUAUGAACAUUUAAAUAAUAUAGGUUAAUUUAGGCUUAUUUUUAGGUCUCAAUUAUGUUUUGUUUUUUUGUUCCUUCAAAAAAAAAAAAUCAAAUAGAUCAAAUGGACAAACAAACAAAGGACACUGAUUUUUUCUUCAAGGGGUAUUUCUUACAGAACAAGACAUUUAAUGAUUGACCUACGAACACUGAUGCCUCAUUCAAAGCCAGGUUAGAGUUUUUUCCCUGUUAAUUUUAUUAUUUUACUGAUGAUUGCUAUUUCUUAGUUGUAUAGUAUUAACUUAUUUUGAGAAAUUAUACAUCUUGCUCAUUAUUAAGUUGGUGAAAAUCAGUAUUCUUUAUUGAUUUAUCUAGUUAUAAUAAUUGUUACCUACUGUAGUACUCAUUCAGUUUUUUCAUUCUUUAUUUUCUUUGUUGAUUUUUAUACUGCAAAGGUUUUGUGUGUUUUGGACAAAGAUUUUAAUUUUUCAAGGCCUAUUGAUUAAAAAUACCUUCUGUCUAAUAUCUCUACCUUACUUUUCAUUGAUUGGAACAAUUCAAAACUCGCUGGAAGCACAAAACUAAGGAUCUACCAGACAUGUGUGCUCAGUAAGCUCUUCUAUGGCAGUGAAGUGUAGAACACAUGAGUAGAACUUAAAUGCUUCCACUUGUGUAAAAGAAUAUAUGAGACUAUCGCUGAUUACCAUUCCAGCUGGAAACAGUAGUGAAUUUGGGAAUCCCAUGAGGCAGUAGUUACGCAAAACAAAGCCCGUGUAGCAAAAAAGAGAAAUACAGAGCGCCAAAAAAAACCAGUAGACAAGGUUUUUUUGCAAGUAACAGCAACAAGUGCAGCAGAAACUGCCACGCUAAGAAAAACCUCAUAAGCCAUUGAGAAAGUGCUAUUAAUGCAGAAGCCACACUAUCGUCUCACAAAGAUUGGGGGGAUGCCGAUAAUAAUAUAUAGGCCACAGGUUUCGAAUAAUUUUCUUUUUAAAUUUGGCACAACACAUAAUCUUUUUUUUAAAGACUUUUAGUUGUUAAUUUUAAUUGUUAUCAAAUUAAUCCUGGUCAUUCACUCUUUUCAGAACCUAAAAUGGACAGAAAAGACAAACUUUUUAUAAUUAAUGAGGUAAGGAUAAUUCAUGUUAAAAUAUUGUAAAACAGCUGUAUAUUACUUAAGAAAAAUUGUCUGAAGAAGGUCGCAAAGUGAACAAUUACAUCAAGUAAUCACUGUAUGGAAACCUUAUCUCGUUUCUCUAACUACUUUAUGUGGAUGGUAACCUCAGGUAAUAACAUAUUUACUGUUAGCCUUUCACUUUAUUUGAUCUGCUAGACCAGUGGUUCUCAACCUUCCUAGUGCCGCGACCUUUUAAUACAGUUUCUCUUGUCGUGGCGACCCCCAGCCACACAAUUUUCGUUGCUACUUCAUAGCUGUAAGGGUAUGUGUUUUCAGAUGGUCUUAGGCGACCCCUGGAAAAGGGUCCCGCGACCCACAGGUUGAGAACCGCUGUGCUAGACUGCUCACAAUCAAGGCCUUGGAACUCAGCUCUAACUGUCCCAGGUUACUGUCUUCUCCUGUCCGCCUUCGCUCUCUCCCGACUACUCCUCUACAGUGGGCUGGCCGGCUCGUCCACCUUCCGGCUUAACUCUCCUUGUCCAGUUCUAACUAUCCCCUUUUAUAAGUCCAUGAAUCUUCCUGGGUUUCUCUAGAGAUUACUUCCCCAUGCUUUUCUUAUUUCUACAUGCGGGUACUCUAAUUAACCUAACCCCACCCUCCGUCUAAAUGGAUCUCAACUAGCCACUCCCCAUGCAUUCUAAUGCCUAAUUAUAUUAGUGUCUCCGUCACACUUGUGCUUGGUGAUGUCGGAUGCACAUGUUAGUUGGUCAGUCUUCGUACUGUGGGUUUCCCCCUCACCCUGCACUCUUGACCUCCCUUGCAUUCUAACGUCUUGAUUUAUCCUAGUGUCAAUGUCAACUCAUGCUUUUCUUGGUCCCUGGCGUCUGUGGCAAUCUUAUGCGCAUGCUAAUUCAUCAGUCUUCGUACUGUGGGGUUCCCCCUCAUCCCUGCAGCCAUCCUAUUGUGGGUCCCCAACCACCCAGGCUGAACUCUCUACAAUAUUGAUUGCUUAGCAUUUAAAUUUCCUUUAUUUAUUUUGCCCAAGGCGGAUAAAAUCUCUGUCUUUUUUUCAUUAUUAUUUUUUUUUUAAUUUUGCUCUCACUUUUGUGUUUAGUUCUAAUCCCAAACAUUUGAAUCAAUAUAUAUUUUGAAAUUUCAGAUUUGUGAAAUGAAAAAUUGCAACAAAUGUUUGUACUUUGAAGGAAAGAAAAAACAAGAUGUAUAUUUGUGGUAAGUUCAGUUAUCUACAUGAUCAAGUGUUAUUUUAAGUAACAAUUUUUUUUUUGUUUGAUAGCAAUUUUUUAAAUGAUCUCUUUAAAGUCUGUUGUUGAACUUUUAAAUGAGUCUUUUUCUGUAAAUGUGCAACACAUUAAUUUCAGGGCAUCCAAUGUUCCUAAAGGGCCAUCAGUAAAAUUUUUGGUUGAAAACAGUAAGUAUUGGUUUUAUAUCAUGUUUAUAAAAAUGUUCUUUUCACAUUUAAACAUGCAGUUAUGUUUCAAUGUAAGCAGACGUUAUGAUCAUUUUUUUUUCUUCUAUAUAAUAUGUAUAAAAUAAUUAUUUUUAAAAUUAUGUUUCAGAAUAACCUUCAAUUUUUUUUUGAAAAUAAUGAUUUAUUACAAAAAAUUUCAAGAUAUUUCAUGAACUUAAAUGUCAAUUUUUUAAUUUUAUUUUUCAAAUCAACGGAAGGAAACAAGAUUAAACUUUCAAUUAACCAUAAAAAAUAAAUGCAAUGCAUGUAAUAUCCCCAUUCUUUUAACUUUAGGUUUGUAUUUGUAUUUAUUUUAUGUAAUUGGUUAAUUCUUAGGCUCAAAAAUAUAUAAUACCUACUCAAAAUGUAUUUUUUAUUUUAUAGUCCACACAAUGAGUGAACUAAAGUUGACUGGCAACUGCUUGAAAGGAUCUCGGCCACUCCUUUCUUUUGACAAGGUAUCGCUAUUAUUCAUCAAUGUUCAUAGCAAUACAUUUGUAUCCACAAAAUUUCUGGUGUAUUGAAAAAUCAGAAUAUAUACAUACACCCUAAUAUAUAUGGGUGUAUUUGUACUGGUAAUUCUGAUCACUAACUAUAAGAGAGCUUGCGAUAGUUACAAGUUUUUACCGGUGUUUGUGUGUCGAUUAAUAUUUUUACAUUUCUCUGAGUAUACAUAUCCAUGUGCUGUAAAUGAAUAAUUUCUAUAUAUUUGAUUUUUUGCUUUUUAUCAAGAUUGUUAGUAUUGUUAUUGCAUAUAUGUAUACCUAAUUUUACCCAACACCACUUGUCUCCCCUUUGUAUUUGUUUUAAUAUUGACCUCACUGAGUAAUCGUGCUGUGCCACUCCCUAACCACUCCUACCUUUAUUGGGAAAAGGUUGUUUACAUUUGAACAUGUUUUAUUUGUUCUAAAGUAUGAUAUGAGGUGACGCAAUUUCUGCUAUUUAUUCUUCUUCUUUAUUUCUUCUUUAUUUUGAGGGCCCACGAUCAAUGAAUUGAUCAUUCUGGCUCCUAUGUUUACUAGAUUGGCAUGAUUGAAUAUAUAUAUAUAUAUAUAUAUAUAUAUAUAUAUAUUAAUAUAUAUAUAAAAUGCCAGCUUUCCUAGCUGAGAGAGUGUUUCUCUACAUUUCCUAACAUAUAUGAGACGUUAUAUAUUUUUCUCUCCUAUGUUUUUUAAAUUGGUAUGAUUAAAUAUAUAUAUAUAUAUAUAUAUAUAUAUAUUAAUAUAUAUAUAAAAUGCCAGCUUUCCUAGCUGAGAGAGUUUUUCUCUACAUUUCCUAACAUAUAUGAGACGUUAUAUAAGUACAAGUUUAUACUCUUUAUGUGUGUGUAAAUUAAUAUCUUUAUUUUUUUUAGGAUUGUACCUUUUCACUUGCUCUGCUGUAAGCUGAUACAGUUUUUGUUUCUGUAUAUUUCGAUUUCUAUUUUAAUAGAAAUUUAGCACCAAUAGGAUAUUGUUAGUAUCACUAGCUUUGGUAUCGUUUUUCUUUGUAUACUGGUUCUCAGUCCUGUGUUACGUAUUGUUCAUUCUACAAUCCAAAACUUAAAAUAGAUUAAAUUUUCAAAACCACAUACCGGUAUUGUAUUGGUAUGUUGCUAUAAAAUAUUGUUGAUCAAUAUUUAUAAGGAGAGGUAAUAGAGAAAUUCUUUUUUAAAAUCUGUAAUAUUUUUUAAAAAAAUAUUUUAGAGGAUUUUUAAUUCUAGUGUGUUUUUGUUAAAUUUCAGGCUUUCAGCUCUGAACCCCACUGGCAGUUGCUGAAAGAGUUGUUUGUACAGGUAAAAUAUAUCAAAUAAUUUCAAACUGGAUAAUUCAACAGCUGUAUUUCCCUCUGGCCAAAAGACAACAUGGGGGGUUGCACGCUGGUCGUUGAGUGACUAUCAGCAUCCUUCCGUCUCGUGAGACGAUGGUGCAUCACCGUUUGGUUGGGUUGCAUUUUCUCGAGUGGCUGUGCAGUCCUAUCCUUGAGUGACAGUCUUUACCACAGUUUUUACUCACGAGUUCCGUGCUUCUAAAUGUUUUGGCCUUUCUCCUAGCUCUUCUGUCUGCAGCCUCUUCCAUUCUUCGCUCCUCGGCUACCAUGACGCCCUCUUUGACAACUGUGCGCCACGUAGAUCUGCCUUUUGCCUUACACUCCCAGUCACUUGUAUGUAUUUUGGCUGCUUUCAUGUCCCUUUGACAGACAUCUUUAAAUCGCAGACGUGAACGACCUGUUUUCCUCUUUCCCGAAGCAAGUUCACCAUAUAGGAGGUCUUUCGGAAUGCGGCCGGGACUCAUUCUUUUAACAUGAUCUAGCCAUCUCAGGCGUCUUUCACUAAGGAUUGUUGAGUACAGUCAGUACAUUGAAAGCCAGCAAAAGUUGUUAGGUUGAGUUCAGUCAGUACAUUGAAAGCCAGCAAAAGUUGUUAGGUCGUAGGCUGUGAAACAUUUUCAGAAUCUAUGUAGGUGGCAUAGCUCGAUUCUGCUCUGGGCACAAGUUAACAAAUGCAUAUUGUUUCAGAAGUUUGGUGGCAGAUAGCGUAACUUUUCUAGCCUGUAAAGUAGCAUGAGAUUCUAUAGAGUUCUGUUUCAUCAGGCUUAUAUGGCAGUCAAUUCUCACUCACAUGUCGCUUAUUCUUUUCUUCAUGUAUAACUUACUUGCAUUGGUUCCGUCCUCUCUGUAACCCAACCAAACACAUCUGGGAAGUGAAUUCCCUAUCAUGUCAAAUUGCUCAUUGACUGCAAUAACUGUGUCACCUGCAGCUCACUAACUUUAAGGUUACUAUUUCACCUUCUUGUUCAAUGUGUAUACCACCUCCCCAAGAUAGCACUACCAUCAUGGUAUGUCCUGAACUUCUUCCUUUUUGUGUGGGCAGCGCUGGAUGGGACACUUAAGAGGAUGCCAGAUCACAGAGUUUUGGCAGAGUUGAAUGUUGGGUGGGGUGAUGUAGUGUCCUGCAUGGCAUGCAACAUGGUUGUUAAAUUAAUGUUCAACAAAAAUUGAAUUGCAUCCACAUCUCAGGUUUUUGACUUCUGAAAUGCUAUUUAAAAAUAUGAUGGGUUUUGGUGCAUUGCUUUUCAUGUAGAUCGCUUGUAUUAAAUUUCUAUUUGGUUUCUGUUUGGAUUUAUUUUUAAAGAUUUGUUUGCAUUUUAUCUUAAGAUUUUUGGCACUCCAAACCAUCACCCCAAAAGUCAACCAUUUACAGAUCAUGUGUUUACAUUCUCAAUACAAGAUAAUCGUAUAUGGUUUCGCAACUACCAAAUUUUGGCUGAGGAUGGAUCUCUUGCUGAAAUAGGUGAGUCGAUUAUAUUUUUGUAUACCAUUUAAAGGUAAUUAUUAAUUUUACUACAGUCAAACCCGCUUAUCUCACCAUCCCUGUUAUGUCGACGUUUUUUAAAGUGGAACCGCCAAAUUCUCUUUAGCAUUUUCUCCUUGGUUAUGUCGAUUCUUUUAUGUCGCGGAACCCUGAUAUCUCGAGCACCAAAGACGGCCAUAUUUGCCACUUAACCUUGGUUAUCUCGAUCCCCAUGACCAAUUGUCGGCUUUUGAACUCCGCCAGAGUUUCAUUCGUAAGAGUUUGCCGUGUGCAAAAGCUAUUAAAGCAUUGGUCAGGGAAAGCUUUAAUUAAAUAGUUGUGCCAAAGUUGAAAGUUCAAAAUAAGUAGUCCCUAAAUAGUAUUUUAGUAAUAAGGGGAUGCAUUGCCUUAUAUAAACUAUAUAUUCAUUGCGCAAGACACUAUCAGCAGGAUGAGGUCACAAAAUGGUAAGGCUUCGACCAUAGUAGAAAAUACCAAACUCACACUUUAAAAAUUCGUAGCUCAAAAAGUACUUAAGUUAAAAUGUUGAUUCUGGUUUCAUUUUUUUAAAAUGCAAAUUCCACCAAAAAACCAACCCCCCCCCCCCCCCCGACCAUAACAGAGUUCUACUGUACUAAAAUGUCUAAAUUUUAACUUAUUCUUUUUCACUUUACAAAUAUGCAAUAAAAAUUUCUAAAAGAGGUUAUAUUUUAAUCCUUUCUAAUGAACAGGGCCACGUUUUGUUUUGAAUCCAAUACGGAUAUUUGCUGGCAGCUUUGGGGGUGCUACCCUGUACCAAAAUCCAAACUACAUUUCACCAAAUGAUGUGAGUUUUAGUUAAAAUAACUAUAAAUAAUUAUAAUACACUUAGCACAGACAUGGACAACCUAUGCCCCUGGAGCGUUUAAUGGGGUUCGUAAGACUUGCCAGGAAUUGGGAUAUAGUUUCACCUGCUCCAUUCUUAACUAGUAAUCGAGAAUUUAUUAUAAUUUUUCUACAUAUAAUAAUUGAAUCCACUCCAAUUUCAGUUUCGUCGUGCAUUACGGCGCCAGAAAGCUGAUAAAUAUUCUCACAGAGUUGAUACUAAGAUAUCCCAACAGCUGCGGAAGCCUGAAUUCUCUUAUCAGAUGGAUCCUACGGAUGAAGUUUUUAACACUAUUUCAGAGAAUGAUGUAAAAAGAAAAUAAAUGUUUGAUGCUUAUCUUAAUUUGUGGCUUUAAUUGUCUGUUAAUAAAAUUAACCAAGUCAAAUUUUGUUCCAAUAAUUUUAUUACAAUAGACACUUAAAUUGAACACCAAAGCACAGUCAUUAUACAAUGUAAUGCCAAAGAAAAAUGCCAUAAAUCCUUUUUCAUAAAAUAGUAACUGUUUGACAAAUAAUUGCUCAUAUGGACCAAUUGACUUGACGUUCAGAUUAAUUAAACCUACUGUUUAAAUUUAAAAUGGGAAUCUCUCUCAUAGAAGAGAAUCAUUUAUGCAAAUGAAGAUAAUGAAAAAGAAACCUUUAAAAAAGAUUGGUUACAUCUGAGGACAUAUCAUUUGUACAUCCAGCACAAUAUAUUCACAAAUUAAAAUGUAGAACUUGUAACUGAUGUAUGGGUCUUUUAAGUUAGGAAUAUGACGGGAUAAUGAUUGAAUAAACAAACAAUAACUGGUAAGCUCUAUUAAUGAUGUUGAGAUGAUGAUUUCAUCGUAAAUUAUUAACAUGGUACAUAUCUUAUCUUUUCAACAUAUUCAGCAUAAACUUCACAUAAAAGCUACACAAAAAAAAUAGUUCAGUUUUCAUUAUUAGCUUUUAUUAUUAAUAUUUUGAUCACAUAAUAGAAGUUUAAGGAAGGUAUACUAACUAAUAUUUAUGUCAUUUAAAAAUUAUACAAAACAAUUUUUUUUAAACAUUAGGAAAGGAUUAUGAGAAAGUACAUUUUUUUGAAAGGAGGUAUUUUAUAAGAAGUUUAAAUAAUGUGUAAGGAGGUGAUUUAUUUAUCAAAACGUGAUUAUUAGCAAUAUAUUAUACUUUCCUUUCUGCCCAUUGCUUGGCACAAAGAACAAAAUGCUUGAUAAACAGAUAAGCCUGUAACUAUACAAAUAACUACAUUAUAGCAAUACAGUCUGUACAUUCUUUAGUGCUUUUUGCUACUGCUGGCAGAUGACAACCUUGAGGAGCAUCUAGAAGAUGGCCGUCUGUCAUCAUCGUCAUCCUGUAACAACAAACAAACAAAAAAGUCUUCUAAUUGAAAAAUUUUUCAUUUUCUGUAAAUUGUUCUAAAUAUAACAUGUAUUAAGUAGGUUCACAUUUCACCACCUUUAUGUAAUCAAAUUUUAUCAUUGUAGAAUCACCACACAUAAUAUAGCCUUGAAAAGAUUUUGCUUGUAAAGUAGUUUAAAUAUUACAUUAUGAAACCACUGUUCAUGUGUAACAUACUUUACUUUAAAACCUGUCUUAACAAAAAACAUUUUUACUAAUUACUAUUGAUUUGUUGCAAAGACUGGCAAGAGUGAGCAAAGAAAAAAGGUCUGCAAACAUAAUGGAGUGAGUGAACAUCAAAUUACUUUUUAAAAAAUAAAUGUAAAUAUUUACAAUGCUAAAGUUCACAUAAACUUAUACUAAGUGAGGAAUUUAAAACAUGACAGUGUUAUACAGACAUAAAAUAAUUAUUCAUUUCAGAUGACCAUCCAUAAAUAGUAAAUAUCAAUAUUUGCUGAGAACUGCUACAAAAUUAAAAGAUG